AUGGAGCACUCAGACCCCUUCCUCCAAGUCCAGUCGGACGUCAUAUCAACACUCCAAGCUAGUCGACCACUCUUCUCCUCCUACCUUCGCAUCCGCUCCUUAACCAAGAACCCCGAUAACCCCGAGCUAAAGCAAUCCCGCUCCGAGCUCGAAACAACAAUAACAGAACUAAGCACCGACCUCGAUGACCUAGUCGAGAGUGUCCGUGCCAUCGAACAAGACCCCUACCGCUUUGGUCUCGAACUAGACGAGGUACAACGACGUCGGAAGCUAGUCGAUGAUGUCGGGGCCGAAGUCGAGAAAAUGCGACAGGAGUUGCAAGCGACGGUGUCACAUGCGCCUGCUCCGGAGUUACCGAAUCCGACGGAGUUCGAUGCGGCCUUAGAUGAAGAGGAGAAUCGGGGUGAUGAUUACUAUGCUUCCUUGGAGCAGCAGAGACAAACCGAGCUCAUGCAUGAGCAGGAUGAGCAGUUGGAUGGGGUUUUUAGAACAGUGGGGAAUUUGAGACAGCAGGCGAAUGAUAUGGGGAGGGAGUUGGAGGAUCAGGCUAUCAUGAUUGAUGAGGUUGAUACUUUGGCUGAUCGGGUUGGGGGGGAAGUUGACGAAUGGGAUGGCACGUAUUAG